GACUCAAAGUUUGUGGCACACUGAAAGCAUCAAUAUUAAGGUCCGUAGUCUUGAGGAAGCAUGGAAUUUUCUGCGUUUUUUAUAUUCGUAGUCUGCACUACAUCGAUGACGUACCUGACGUUUGGCAAAGAGAGAGAGCGAGCGAUGCUGUUUCCAGAUUAUUACUUCUUCGCUAAAAGACGUUUGGAAAACUAUACUAUCGAAACAAGAAAAGUAAAGAACUUAGAUGUCUGUGAGCUAAUGUGCUACCUGAACGACAACUGUGUCAGUCUUAACUUCAAAAAAGAUCCAGAGAAUACGGACCCGGUUCACCUCUGUGAACUAAAUAACGCCACGCAUCUGAAAUAUGACAUUGACUUGAUAACUGAUGCCAAGUUUUAUUAUCGUGCCUCGAUGAACGCUUGUGAUAAGAAUUCCAAGUGCCAAAAUAACGCAACUUGCCAGUCUGGAUUUACACGCAAGGGAUAUCGAUGCUUGUGUUCUCAUGGAUUCGAGGGAGAAUAUUGUGAAAAGGACAUUGACGAAUGCAGUGACGCUCGUCCUGUUGAAGUGAAGAAAUGUCAUCCUAAUGCCUCUUGCAUUAAUACUCAGGGCUCGUACAACUGCACCUGUAAUCCUAAAAACAUUGGGGAUGGUUUUCACUGUGAAGCCGACCCAUGUUAUUAUCAUCAAAGCCUGAGUGAUGCCAGUAGAAAGAGAAGUUACGUAACACCCUGGAGCCAAGAGGUGUGUGACGACCAACUCCGUGAGGGAUGGUAUCGUUUUGUGGGGGCUGCUGGAACAAAAAUGCCGACAACGCGUGUGUUAGCAUUCAGAUGUGGCACAGUCCGGUCAGGUUGGUUGGAGGGUGCUCAUCCCACAGUGGAAGAUGGUGAAGUUCAAAGGAAGGUCUGCUUUAGUGAUCGCUCUACUGGUUGCGAAGACUCUAAAAAUAUUUUUGUAAAAAAAUGUGGAUCCUAUUUCAUCUACAAACUUUACCCACCUGCUUGUUUCGCACGCUACUGCGGAACAGACUGA